AUGGCGCAGAAGCGGCUCAUGCAGGAACUCCAACCCCUCCAGAAGGAGAAGUGGGUUAAUAUCGAGACCGACGACACAAACCUCUUCCACUGGAGGCUCGGCCUCUGGGUCGUCAACCCCGACAGCGUUUGGCACGGCGCCUACCUCAAGGCCGAGAUGCGAUUCCCCAAGGAAUACCCCUACCAGCCUCCCACCUUCAAGUUCCUGACCAGGAACAUCUGCCACGCCAACGUCUACUCGGACGGUAACCUCUGCAUCUCGAUCCUGCACAAGCCCGGUGAGGACGAGCAGUCAGGCGAGCUGGCCAAUGAACGGUGGAACGUUCUCCACGGCGUCGAGUCAGUCCUCCGUUCCGUCCUCCUCCUCCUCGACGACCCCGAGAUCAACUCUCCCGCAAACGUCGAUGCUAGUGUCCUCUACCGCGACCAUCGAAGCGAGUACAACGCCAGGGCCAAGGAGAUCGUGGCCAAGUCUCAGAAGGACAUCCCCGAAGGAUCUAGAAUGCCCACCCCCUCCGAGCUCGCCCCAGCACCACAGAAGCCUGUCGAUGACGACGCCGACUUCUGGAACAUGACGGAUGAGGAGGAGGACUUUGGUGGCAGCGACAGCGAUGAGGACAUGGACGACUUUGACGAGGAUGAUGAGGAUGAAGAUGACGUCAAGGACCGCAAGUAG